UCAAAACUUCAAAAGUGGUACCUUGCUCUUCUAUGUUCUAACCUCCUUGAAUGUGGAAACCGGUCUUUUAGAGAGAGAAGACAAAAUUAAUAAAAUAAAAUAACUUAGAAAAAAAAAAAAAAACAGCAGCGUCCCCAGAGUUAGCUUAAUAAAAUCCCAGCGGCUCUUCCCUCUAAGUGUGUAUAUAUAUAUAUAUAUAUAUAUGUAAAUCUUUUUUCCCAGCACUCAUUCACUUUAUAAUUUACCUUCAAUCUUUAUACAAUCUUUAUUUCCUCUCCCACCACCAAGAAGAAAAACCUUUCUACAAUCAAUCUGUUUUUCUGUUAAUUUUCUUGUUCUCAGAGAAAGAGAGAAAAAUGCGGAUGAGUUGUAAUGGAUGCCGAAUACUACGCAAGGGCUGCAGCGAAAACUGCAGCAUUCGGCCAUGCCUUCAGUGGAUCAAGAGCCCCGAGUCUCAAGCCAACGCAACUGUCUUCCUCGCCAAGUUUUACGGCCGCGCCGGACUGAUGAACCUCAUUAACGCCGGUCCUGAACACCUUCGUCCUGCGAUUUUUCGGUCGCUUCUGUACGAGGCGUGUGGUCGGAUUGUUAAUCCGAUUUAUGGAUCAGUCGGACUGCUGUGGUCAGGGAGCUGGCAUCUCUGCCAAGCCGCUGUGGAAGCCGUUCUCAAAGGCGCGCCGAUCACGCCGAUCGCGUCGGAAGCCGCCGCGAGCACCCAUGGCCCGCCUCUCAAGGCGUACGACAUCCGCCACGUGUCCAAAGAUGAGAACUCCGCGGCCUCCAAUGACCCGCAGAAGGUCAAGACCCGGUGCCGGUUCAAGCGAACAGGUACCACCGUCGUCAAGCCCAAGGCAAGGAAGGCCGGCUGCGGCUCCACCGGGCAAGACACGGCCAGCCCGAAGUGGGCGGGGUACUGCGCUGACGUGGCGGAGUUGAACAGGUCAACGAGCCACGAGUCGUCGGUGAGCCACCAGUCGGAGGCGGUCAACGUUGUCGACGGCGAGAGCAAGGAGACCGAGAGCAUGAUAUCCGUCGAGACGGCGGAGCCGGCGGCGGCGUCUCUCUUGUUCCGAGCCGAGCCGGAGACGGUGACCACGCAGGUUGAGGAGUCGAUUCGGGAGAAUGAGAUGGCUCUGGAGCUGACGCUCGGCUUGGAGCCGACGGCGCAUGCACGCCACGUAGUUCCGAUGAAGAAGAGGAGGAUCGAGGCCUCCGGGUGCGGCAGUGGACGCGACGGCGCGUGUAAGGUGGAGCUAGGGUUGGAAUAUUCAGCUUGAGUGGAGCCCAAGAAAAAGGACAAAAAGAAAAAAUAGAAAAAAAAGUUACAAUUUUGACGGCUCUGAUCAGCUUUCUCCUAUUUAGAAGAGAUCAUGAUCCUUCUUUUUCUUUUUUUUUUUUUUAGCUUUUUUUAUUGUACUGUGGCUUUUUUUAACCCUUUGUCGAGAAGUGAGCUGUACAAAUUUGGUUGGAAUUUUGCAUAUAAAGGAGUGGUACAUUAACAGAGGGACACAUAAAUCUUUUGCUGAA